AUGGCCAAGGCCAAGCAAGCCCACCACACGGCCAAGGAGCUGGCUGCCAAGGCCAAGGCCGCCCUGCAGAAUGCUGGGGGCGGCAAGGCGGGCCUGGCCGACCGCAAGGGCGGGCAGGCGGGGCAUGCCAAAUACAAGUGCCACAUCUGCGGGCAGCAGGCGCCAGACCUCAAGACGAUGCAGAUCCACCACGACGCCAAGCACCCCAAGCUGCCCUGGGAGCCCGAGAAGUGCACCAACAUGCACGACGUGGUGGGGGUGACCACGCAGGGCGUCGCGGUGCGCGGCAGCACCAAGAAGAAGUGA